AUGAUUUCUUUCCCCUCACUCCACAGGAACGCGUCCCAGCUGAAGCAGCUGCAGGACCAGAUUCUGUUGGAGCAACAGGAAGCAGCCAAUUGGCAGCGGCGACAGCAGGAGCAGCAAAACCAGGAAAUUCCACCUCCACCUGAGCCACCCCUUCAGGAAGCACCUCCACCUCCGCCACCAUCUCCGCCUCUCCCUCCUCCUCCCUCCUUCCAGGAGUUGGAGAGCAGCACAGCCAUGCAGGCCAGCACAUUCAACUACGCCCGCCCCAAGCAGUUCAUUGCUGCCCAGAGCCCCGGCGGGACGGGCUUCCUCACCCAGUCCUCCGGCUCCUCUGGCUCCAGCCUGUCCUCCCCUCUCUCUCCCCCCACCUCCCACAAACCCGUCAACAGAGUCACCUUGCCGCCGUUCAGUAAGACUGGCAGCGUGGAAUCUCCGACCUCUCCUUCCUUCCCUCCUCCACCUCCACCCUUCCUGAGCCCCAGCAACCUGUCCUCUCCAUCGGGUUCCGCCCAAGACUUCCCCCCUCCACCCCCUCCUCCCCCCCCACCUGUCCCUGUGUCUCCAGCCUACUCGGAUAUCAAAGCCUUCCCCAGGAAGUCCUCGGUCACCAAGACGCCUCGCAUUGCCUCUGACUCAGACAUCCAGGGAUCUAAGGAUGCAGUUAUCCAGGAUUUGGAGAGAAAACUGCGCUUUAAAGAGGAGCGCAUAAGCAAUGGCCAACAGAGGUUAACCUAUGAGGAGAAGAUGGCUCGCAGGCUGCUGGGGGCUGACAACGCUGCCACAGUCUUAAACACACAGGAUACAGAGGAGGAGCCAGUCACACAGGAGUACAAAGUCUCCAGCUUUGAGCAGCGCUUGAUCAGCGAGAUUGAAUUCCGUCUGGAGCGUUCUCCAGUGGAGGAGUCGGACGACGACGUGCAGCACGACGAAGACUCUGCCGGACGAGGAGUUCAUCCCUCCUUCGACCAGAAGCUAAAACACUACAAGGUGUUUGAGGGCAUGCCGGUCACAUUCUCCUGCAAGGUUAAAGGAGAUCCCAAACCAAAGGUUUACUGGUUUAAAGAUGGCAAGCAGAUCUCCAAGAGGAGUGAGCACUACAGGAUCAGCAGAGACCCCGAUGGAACCUGCUCUCUGCAUACUGCCGCAGCCUCUCUGGACGAUGACGGCAACUACACCAUCCUGGCAGGAAACCCAGAGGGCAGGGUGAGCUGCACCGGCCGGAUGAUGGUCCAGGCGGUCAACCAGCGAGGCCGCAGUCAGCGAUCGGCCCCCGGCCACAUGCGCAGGCCCAGGUCCAGGUCUAGAGACAGCGGUGACGAGAACGAUAACAUCCAAGAGCGUCACUUCCGUCCCCACUUCCUGCAGGCGCCUGGCGACCUCAUCGUCCAGGAGGGCCGCCUGUGCCGGAUGGACUGCAAGGUUAGUGGCUUGCCAACCCCUGACCUUAUCUGGCAGCUGAAUGGACAGACCAUCCGUCCUGACUCCGCCCACAAGAUGCUGGUGAGGGAGAACGGCGUGCAUUCUCUGGUCAUCGAGCCUGUGACCAGCCGCGAUGCGGGCAUCUACACCUGCAUCGCCAGCAACAGAGCCGGCCAGAACUCCUUCAACCUGGAGCUCAUCGUCGCGGCCAAAGAGAUGCACAAGGCCCCCUCGUUUAUCGAGAAGCUGCAGAACACGAGCGUGGCCGAGGGUCACCCUGUGCGACUGGAGUGCCGGGUCACAGGGGUUCCCUACCCACAGAUCUUCUGGAAGAGGGAGAACGAGUCAUUCACUCACAACACAGACAGAAUCAGCAUGCACCAGGACAACUGUGGCUACCUGUGUAUGAUCAUCCAGCCAGCUCUGAAAGAAGAUGCUGGCUGGUACACGGUCUCAGCCAAGAACGACGCCGGCAUCGUGUCCAGCACAGCCCGGCUGGACGUCCACACUCAGUGGCAGCAGCCGAAUCUCCCCAAGCCCAAAAAAGUGCGUCCCUCCACCAGCCGCUACGCUGCGCUGACGGAGAGGGGGCUGGACGUGAAGGCGGCCUUCUUCCCCGACUCCAGCCCGCUGCAGCCCGGCGGCCUGGUGGAGAGCGAUGACCUGUAA